UAGUCUCAAAGAUGUCAUGGAAAGAAGAAGAAAACGCGGGCGAGCUCAAGAUUGGUGAUGAGUUUUUAAAGGCCAGAUGUCUAAUGAAUUGUGAAGUAGCAUUGAUUCUUGAACACAAGUAUAAGCAGAUAUGUGAUGAUCCAACGAAUCAUGUUUCUCAGGUAUUUGAAAAGUCACUGCAAUAUGUGAAGUGUUUCAGUCAGUACAAGAACCGUCAUGGUGUUAGACAAGCUCGAGAGAUACUUAGUAGGUAUCAACUUGAUGAAUUCGAGCUCUGUGUUGUGGGGAAUCUUUGCCCAGAAACAGUUGAGGAAGGUAUUGCUAUGGUCCCAUCUAUCAAGAAUAGACUUGACGAGGAAGCAAUUCAAGAAAUACUAACAGACCUUUCUUUAAUAAGGAAAUUAGAGUAGUAUCACCAUUGUACUUGUCUGGCAAGAAUAGAGCUCUGUAAUGCAAAUUGCACUCUAGCAUUCUGUUGAAAACUUUAGUUGUUGAAUUAAUGGAAAUGUCUCUUUCAAAAAAAGCAAAA